AUGUCAGCUGAAUUAUCUCAAUCAUCCGAAUCAGACAGUAAAACCUCGAAUCAAUCACCACAACCAAUCAGUAAAGAUGAAAAUCCUUCAAUCAAAGUUCUACGGAUAAUCAUUAAAUUCUACAUUUCCCAUUUCAAGUUCUAUCCUGGAUUAUUGGAAAUGAACGACCCUAACCCAUACCUUGCCCCGUCAAUUGAUUCAACUCAGGCACUCCUUCGAUUACGUUUAGUUUGUAAGGAUUGGGCUGAAGCUGUGCUUCCUUUAGUCUUUAAUUCGAUCUGUUUGAAUAGAUCAAGAAAGAUACAGUCUUUGAUUGAGAAUUGGAAAGAUUCGGUUCUUGAUUCAGAUUCUUCUCCUGUUCAGCGACUUUAUAUUGAAAAUCUAGUAUACGGGAAUAAGAAAACCUCAGAAGAAGAAUUAAAGGAUUGGCAAAUGUAUACGGUUCCAAUGAAUCAUGCAUCAGAACUAAUUUUAUUCCUUGGUCGAAACUUGACUGACUUGACUUUGGAGUUAUAUAGCUCAAUGGGAUUUUCACCCGACCUCAUCAACGCAAUCGGUCAAAUCAAAUGUCUCACGAGUUUGACUAUCCGAUCUUGUGCGGCUACAACAAGCCCUACAAAUUUGGAAUCAUUAGUUGACUUACUAAAUCUUACUACGGACUUGGAAUCUUUAUCAAUUCUGAUUCGUCAUCUAGAAAUUUUCGAAUUAAAACCUGGAGCUUUAUCAAAAUUAAAACACUUACGGUUUGAAGAUCACCCAAAUAACAAACGUGCAAUCGAUCAUCUCUGUCAAUCUACGAAAAAAAGUUUAAAAGUAAUCGAAUCUAAAAAUCCAGAAGGAGGAUUAGUAUUAGAACCAUUAAACGAAAAUCUUGAAUGUCUCAUCACAAUUUUCUUUCCAGAUCAUCUACCACAUAAAUUAUCAAAGAUGAGAUUUCCAAAACUUCGUAUAAUCUAUAGUACUUUGAUGUAUAGACAAUCAUGGGGGUCUCUUGAUUGGCUUCAAUGGCCAUUCUGUUCUAAUCUUCGAACUUUGGUCAUGGAUUUUGAAAGUGGAAAAUUGUUUUGGGACAAAGCUUUGGUUAAACUUGGGCAUGGUCAUCUUGUAAAACCACCUAAUUUAAAACACUUUGUUUUUCUUAGUAUCAAGCAGGAUCCUACAAUAGAGGUCGAACGACUCGUUAGAACUUUGAAGAUUCAUGGGAUAGAGUCUCAUUUCACUUGUAAAUUGAAUUAUGCUGAAAUCUUGUCAUGGAGAGGACCAAUAUAUGGCAAAGUCACAGUCGUGAGGAAAAAUGUCUCUCAGAAGAACCAUGAGAACAUAAUUUAUCAUUCGUAG